AUGGCUGAUUUCACAGACUCUCUGAUUAAAAACAUUGGUGUUCACUCAUCCUCUCCUGUUAUAACAUCUGUCAAUAUGGGCCAAUUGGGUGAAAAGCUUCGCCAAGCUCGCACAACAACGCUUGCUUCCUUAUCUCAAGCUCUUUCAAAGAAACCUGAAGCUGCUGCUCCCACUGUUGCCAACGAUACCACUACAAUGCAGCUCCCGGCUUCUGAAAAGGCCACCAGUCAAUUGGAGAUCAAUGUAGUGGAAGCUCGUAAUUUGACCAUUGCUGAUGCUCGCAAAGCCGAUACCUACUGCAUUGUUCAUUACGAAGGCAAUACUACAUCUACGCUUGAUAAGGUCGAUGAUGGUAUCUUGCCUAGCACACCUUUGGUGAUUGAAUCUCAAGUCGAUAGUGGUGCAUUCAAGGCAUUCGAAAUCAUGAUGAGCGCAAGUUCUCCCAAGUGGAUGCAUCGUGUCAACUUUGAUGUAACUGCUGGUAACAAGGAGAUCACUGUGUUUGUCUAUGAUCGUGGCAACAAGUUGUCCAAUGGUGAAGAUCGUUUCUUGGGCAUGUCCAGCAUUAUCCCCAACUUGGUUAGCAAGAAGACAGUUGAGUUGAUCUUCCCUCUUCAUGGCCGUCCUGACGACGAUCAAGAAGUUACUGGUGAUGUGCGUCUUCAAGUUACUUUUAUCGAUACUAAAAAGGUUAAUCUAAAGCCAGAGGACUUCCGCAUUGUACGUAUGAUUGGUCAAGGCUCAGUGGGUAAAGUGUAUGAGGUGAUCAAGCGUGAUUCUGGUCGUACCUAUGCCAUGAAAGUACUUUCAAAGCGUCUAUUGUUGGCCGAGAAUGAAGUGGAUACUGCCUUUAACGAGCGUAAUGUGCUGGUUCAAUCUCUCUCUAGCCCUUUCAUUGCGAAUCUCAAGUACAGCUUCCAGACAACCAAUCAUCUCUUCUUGGUCAUGGAAUACUUUCCUGGUGGUGAAUUGUUUGAUUUCUUGGAGCGUGAGCGCUGUUUGAGUGAGAAGCGUUGUCAAUUCUUUGCUGCCGAAAUUGUGUGUGCCUUUGAUAACAUUCAUGCUCACAACAUUGUCUAUCGCAAUUUGAAGCCUGAGAGCAUCUUGCUGGAUGCACAUGGACACAUUGCCUUGACCGAUUUUGGGUUGUGCAAGCAACUGAAGAACAAGGUGGAUUUGAUUCAAGGUGUGCCUCAAGUCAUCACACAAGAAUACCUCGCUCCUGAAAUGGUGAUGCAAAAACCUUAUGGUCUGGCCGCUGACUGGUGGAGUCUUGGCGUCUUGAUGUUUGAGCUGUUGACUGGAUCACCUCCUUUUCAUUCUGUUGAAGAAGGCGAAUUGUUUAGACAAAUCCUGGAAGCUCCCAUUAAAUUCCCUGCUGGUGGAUGCAUUACUGAAGAAGCCAAGGAUUUUAUUUGUCAAUUGCUCGAGCGCAAUCCUGCUAAUCGUUUGGGUUCCAAUGGUGAUGUCGCUCAAGUCAAGGCACAUCCAUUCUUUAAGGACCUGAACUGGGACGUCGUUUACAAGAAGCAAAUGCAGCUGCCCUUUGUGCCCGAGGUAGAAGAGCAGCUCCGUGAAGAAGCCAUUGCUGCUGCUGCUGCCAUCAGUAUCCCCAUGAAUAACAGGACUGACUCUACCAACUCCACUAGUAUGCCUGUGGCUGAUCAAUCCAAAUUCAAGGGAUUCAGCUAUAUUCGUGAAGAUGUUACGUCAAAGAAGGGUGAGCAUCGUCUGGGUGUCAAUCCUGAGGAUGAAGAUCCCGAAGUUGAUUUCUGGUUUAGACAGUGA